GCAUUACGUACAUAGGAAAUACCCAAAAAUCUUGCCCCGGCGCUGUGCCGCCCGCAAAUUGAUUAAAAUGAAAGCUGGUGAUGAUUUCAUACUAUAUUUGUGCACAUAUUUAGAUACAACUCGUUGAUAUUUCUGUAUGCCCUCCUGUCAAAAUUAUCAUUCUAUACGAAAAUACAACCCCAAUUGUAUCUUGAUAUAGACAAUCGCAUUUCCAAAUCUACAUCAUGCGCUUCUUUCUCCCCUUGUCCCUCGUGGCGUCCAUCGCCGUCGGCGCCUUGGCUUCGAGUUCUUCCGACCUAAAGAUUGACGUAACCCUCCCCGUCGAAUGCGACCGAAAAACGGAAAAGGGCGACAAUAUCCAAGUACACUAUAGGGGCACGCUUGCUUCCAAUGGAAAGAAGUUUGAUGCUAGCUACGAUCGAGGCACUCCUUUUAGCUUUAAGCUUGGAGGCGGUCAGGUCAUCAAGGGAUGGGACCAAGGACUUUUGGACAUGUGCAUUGGGGAGAAAAGGACUUUGACAGUCCCUCCCGAGUAUGGAUACGGAAACCGGGGCAUUGGGCCAAUCCCUGCCGGAUCUACCCUUGUGUUCGAGACGGAGCUCAUCGGCAUCAAAGGCGUUCCCAAGCCGGAGUCCAUCGUCACCAAGGCCACCAGCAGCGCAAGCUCGGCUGCCAGUGAAGCUGCUAGCGACGCCAGCGAAACUGCCGAGGAGGGAGCGGCUAAGGUGGCGGAGAAGAUUGCGAGUAAAGUCGAAGAGGCUGCCGAGGUUAUUGAAACCCUGGUUGUCGAUAGCGACGACGACCAGGAGCACAACGAGCUAUAAGUUAUAGAGGAGGUCUUGGUUGGAGUAUAUAUGCAGUGGAACAUUGUUGUUCUUCUCAGCUGGCCUCUUGUCUUGGCGUAAGUCCAGUUAAAGAAGACGUAAAAACUCACCCACCCGUCCAGAUACCAACACCUAAUAUACUGGACCAAUCAAUAUAUUGCUAUAUUUGAUUCUC